ACUUGACAUCAUUUUGACACUUAAUAUAUUUAAUGCUUCUAAGGCCCAUCACGACUUAAUAAAUGGCGCCAAAACGUAUUGUGGAACAUAGAAAAUCAGCUUCCAGUUUUGCAUACUAUAUCAAAACCUCCGUCACUCAGUCUACAGUUCUAAUGCGAAAAUGCAUCAGAAAUGCUAAGGUGCAUCGCACUUCGUAGAAACAGACCAUUACGGCAAAAUACCGUUUUGCGGCGGAUUUAGUAAUACAGAAGUUCUACCCGUUUCUCGAUCAUUACCAUUAGAUAUUAAUGAGGUAAAAGCAGCAAAAUAAUGAGAAGGAAGGUAACCAACGAUCUGAGAGUGGGGGAUACUGUCGAAGUCGAUGGAUUUUACUAAGCUACUUCUUGUUCUUAGUAAUUGUUUCCAGGUCAGACAUUCGAGAGCCCGUGCCGAGAAAGUUAAUCAAGCGACGCGGACUGUGACACACACGCCUUCUUGACUGCACCGCGCUUCUUCAUCGUGAAUAUUCGUUUGUUUUGUUCGACUGUUUGAAAGGAAAGCAACCGUCUUUUGGGUUCAGCAUGGAACGUAUUUUCCUACUCUUGAUGUUAUUACAAUCAGCGAUAUGCCAUCCCAAGACAAGGGAAGCCUUCGAUCUACAAAACAUAUCUCCACCAGAAGAAAUAAAUCGCCUUUCCUAUGAUGAUUUUAAUCAACCUGCCCAUUCCUUCAAUUAUAAUAAUAUGGAUAGCAUCAUUGUGGAGGUGGAAAAGCUUAUCAGCUCGCAAAGAAACCUGCCUCGCCUCACAAGAGGUGAGAUCCUGGACCUUUUGGAGAACAUCACUGCCAGUGACUUGGAGCAAUAUCAACACGAUCACAUCGACAGUCUACCUCGAGGUAGGAACCCUAAAGCAUACAUGGUUGUGAAGGCUUAUAGCCCUGAAGAAAACGAAGCUGGUAGGGUUGAGGAGCUAUACACCAAAACGCCUGUCACACAGAUUGUGGCCGAUCAACAUGUUAAAGAGGUUGGGCCAUCUGAAGGAAAAGACAGCACAACCGGACUAAACAAAAAAAUACAUAGAGGUAGAAAGAGGACAACAACUACAACAAGUGCUCCAAUCAUCGAUACUUCAACGACUGAUAUAGAAACAUUUCCCGAUAUAACUGAUGAAAGAUUUCAUCCGAGUACGUCUUCUGAAAAGCCUGCAACUGUGACGCACCAUCGAAGACGGAGGCCAACUCCAGCGAGAGAUUUGAACAGGACAAGGAAAGUAUCAUCCACAACAGACACGCCAAUAACGACUUACUCAUCCAGAAGAAGGAGACCAGUCAUGAGGACUACAUCUACCACUACAGAGCAAUACGCAAAUCAUAGAUACUCUAUCCAAGAAGAAGGUAACAGAAUACCUUCAUCAAGUCUUCCAUUUGGUGAAAAAGAUACAGCGCAAUCCCAGCACCAGGAUGACCCAUACAGUUCAAAUGAUGACUUGAUAAUGAUGGAGAAUUCUAGGAAAGAAAUACCGCUCGCUUUAACUAGAACCACAAAGGCACCAUCGUACUAUACUCGAUCUAGUACUAGUAAUCCCGAAAUCGAACCAUUUGUUCCACAAGAAGGUAUAGCUGAUCAAGCGUCCAGUUAUAGUGAUAUCCUCUCCACGAAACUAUCAUACCAACCAGCGCCUAGUUACAUCGCUGACUUAGAUACAGCUCCAGCUGAACAUAUUGCUGUUUCCAGAGCCACGUCCACUUCUGCUCCUUCAACAACUGUUCCUGAUAUAAGCCCAGUGGCUGAUAAUCUGUCUUCAGAAAUGAGGGACCUUCUUGUUAGUUUUGGAUUGAUUCAGGGCCCUAAGCCUAUUGAGGAUGUUAAAAAGGAUGAUACUUAUAAUCCCGAAAAGGCAGAAGUAGACCCAGGAUCGUACGUUGGUUUUAAACCAUUACCUGUAAAUAACGAUGAAAGUAGAAGUGAUAUGGAUCUACUUUUAGCUAGAUUCGGAUUAGGAAGGAAUUCUAAAAAUCAAUUACCACAGUCAGCAGAGAAAAGAUCCGAUGAAGAUACUGACGGCACUGUGAUAUUAGAUGUAGUGCCAGAACAGUACCAGGGGGUUUUAGAAGACAUUGGACUGCCAACGAGGCAAGGCAAAAAGAUCAGAACGGAACCAUUGACCAAAACAUUGGAGAAGACUAACGAGUAUACCCCACCAAAAGCAAACAGCAAUGCGCAAGAAAUCGAAAAACUGAACAAGCUACUAAAUAUAAUCCAGAAAAUCGAAAAACUGAACAAGACCCUAUCAAACGACGACACUGAUAACGAACAACUGAGAGAAGUGGUGGAAAGCCUCAAUGUGGACACCAAGGUGACACCUCUGAACCAUCAGAAUGCGCCAAAUCCAUUGAACUAUGACGAUGGGUUGAGCAAGAACGAAAUCAAACGUCAACAAAACACUAAAGAUGCCGCUGAAGCCAAAGCUGAUCAGGAACAGGUGCAAGUUGUCACGCCAACUGUGAAGUUAAAUGUCGAAGAAACUAUUUCAGUUUCGGCAUCAACUCCAGCAAAAGAAGAAACUGCAACUCCCAACAUAAAAGAUUUGGAAGAUUCUUUCGGAGGAAAAACUGAUCCUCCAACAGAACCACCAGCAACCGAGGCUGCUACAAAAAGGACAGGGUUCUACUAUCUCGUAGAUUGGAACACCUUUUUGGAAGUUGACGAUCAGAAAGGCAAGAGAGUGAACUUGAGAUUCCAGCCUACUAUUGGCGAUCCGAAGAGGUUUUACUCAGUUUCAGUGCCUUAAGCAAAAUAAGUGGUUAAUACUUGAACAUUUAUCAGCUUGCUCUGAGAAGUAACAUAUUUCUGAUUGUGGCAUGUAUUAAAGCAACCUAACUUGGUUGCUUAGAAGCGUUAGACAAGGAAGCUAAUGUAUUUUAAUUUUGUAUAAUACGCGCCGAUAAUUCUUUAAAUAUAUUAAUAAGUUUAUUUUUAUGAGGGUGUUUGCCCCAAAAUCAUCAUCGUCAAACUGACUUGUCUCUUGAACUGUUAGUACUAAAGUUUGUAGAAGUACCUCCAACAAAAUUAAAUUCUUAAUCGCUUAUGGUUGCAUUUAAUAAAUGCUUCUAUUGUAACAUAGUUUGCUCAAUAGUACUUAAGUAAUUUAUGCAGUUGUAUCCUUAAUUAAAUAAAAUUUAUUUUAAAUCAAUAAUUGUGGAAUAGAUAUACGUAUAAACUAGAUAAAUUGUAGCCAUAUUAAAAAGUAAAAAUAAAUUAUUAUAAAAUCAAAAGAAUGUAUUAAAUU